AUGGAGGUUCGAGAGCGUAGGACUCGGCGGAGGUCGAGAUUUGGUUGCCGAAAUUGCAAGCUCAGAAAGCUCAAGUGCGACGAAGCCAAACCACACUGCAAGAGAUGUAGUUCAUUUGGGGUACUAUGCAACUACAUGUCUAAUAUCCCCGACUUACAACCCACCACCGCUGACGCAGGGAGGCCAUUGGUGGUUCGAGGAAAAGCGGAGCUUCGACCCCCGGUCUCUAGCUCUGUCUGGACGUCUGAUGAAUCCACGACCUAUCAGUUGAAUGCAAGGUGUCAAGAUUUCAUCACCCGGUAUUAUGGACGAAGUCUUACUAUCCCGGGCGACCCUAAUCUGGUACACGUUAAUCGCAAGCUCCUGAGACUAGCCUUCGCCUACCCUUUUCUAAUGCACGCGUCUAUAGCUGUGUCACUUACAUAUGACCGCCAUCUGAAUAGCCCAGGCGCUCGUCGCAGUCUAGAGGAGUGCUACCACUGGUCUCAAAGCACAGCUCUUCUCAACCAACGGUUAAGGGCGCCAAUUGAAGCGAAAGAUAAGGAUCCAAUCUGGGGCACCGCCGCUGCGCUGGCUAUAUUGAGCUUCUCGUCCCCUGAUGCACACACUCCAGAAGAAUCAUGGCCUUUAAAGUCCUCUGACCACUCUGCUUUGGACUGGGUACGUAUGAGCAAAAGUAAAAUGUCCCUGUGGCCCAUAGUGAACCCGCUACGACCGGAUAGUCUCUUCCGGGUUAUGGCCGCGACUUUUUCAGAGAUGCAGGCACCCUUACCAGAGAGGGGUAUAGACGGAAUACCGAGGGCUUUGGUUGCCAUAUGUCUCCUCAACGACUCAUCUACAGCGAACAAUAACCCGUAUUUCGAUGCCGCGCACGCAUUAUCUCAGAUUCUGAACCUGCCAGAUAGUGAGGUCACAACAGGGCAAACUCAACUCUUCACGCGCAGUAUCGAUGGCCCUUUUGAAGACUUGCUCCGGAAAAGGGAUGCUGUGGCGCUUUUGUUGCUGUAUCUAUGGUACCGCAAAGCGAGUCGCAGUAUAUGGUGGAUUGAACUCAGAGCUAGAGUCGAAUGCCCUUCCAUUUGCUUAUACCUCCGGCUAUACCAUAAAGGGAAUGCUGCGCUACAGGCAUUCCUUGCAGGCGGAGCUCUCACUGACAGGUGGAAUUAG